CCGGGGAAAGCGCGCCGCCCUCUUCUUCGCGGCGGUGGCCAUCGUGCUGGGGCUGCCACUCUGGUGGAAGACCACGGAGACCUACCGGGCCCCGUUGCCUUACUCCCAGAUCAGUGGGCUGAAUGCCCUGCAGCUCCGGCUCAUGGUGCCUGUCACUGUCGUGUUUACGCGGGAGUCAGUGCCCCUGGACGACCAGGAGAAGUUGCCUUUCACCGUUGUGCAUGAGAGGGAGAUUCCUCUGAAAUACAAAAUGAAAAUCAAAUGUCGUUUCCAGAAGGCCUAUCGGAGAGCUUUGGACCAUGAGGAGGAGGCCCUGUCAUCAGGCAUUGUGCAAGGUACAGGAAGGGAGGCAGAAGCCAUGUUAGCUGAGCCCCAGGAACAAGCAGAGGGCUCCCUGACUGUGUACGUGAUCUCUGAACACUCCUCACUGCUCCCCCAGGACAUGAUGAGCUACAUUGGGCCCAAGAGGACAGCAGUUGUUCGGGGCAUAAUGCACCGGGAGGCCUUUAACAUCAUUGGCCGCCGCAUAGUCCAAAUAGCCCAGGCCAUGUCUUUGACUGAGGAUGUGCUUGCCGCUGCUCUGGCCGACCACCUUCCAGAGGACAAGUGGAGCUCUGAUAAGAGGCGGCCUCUCAAGUCCAGCUUGGGCUAUGAGAUCACCUUCAGUUUACUCAACCCAGACCCCAGAUCCCAUGACGUCCACUGGGACAUCGAGGGGGCUGUCCGGCGCUAUGUGCAGCCUUUCCUGAAUGCCCUCAGUGUUGCUGGCAACUUCUCUGUGGACUCUCAGAUCCUUUACUAUGCAAUGUUGGGGGUAAACCCUCGCUUUGACCCAGCUUCCUCCAGCUACUACUUGGACAUGCACAGCCUCCCCCAUGUCAUCAACCCCGUGGAGUCCCGACUGGGAUCCAGUGCUGCCUCGCUGUACCCUGUGCUCAACUUUCUACUCUACGUGCCUGAGCUUGCCCACUCCCCCCUGUACAUCCAAGACAAGGAUGGGGCUCCGGUGGCCACCAAUGCAUUCCACAGUCCCCGCUGGGGUGGCAUUAUGAUAUAUAACGUUGACUCCAAAGCCUAUAAUGGCUCAGAGCUGCCAGUGAGAGUCGAGGUGGACAUGGUGCGAGUGAUGGAGGUGUUCCUGGCUCAGCUGCGGCUGCUCUUUGGGAUUGCUCAGCCCCACGUGCCUCCGAAGUGCUUGCUUUCAGGGCCUAAGAGUGAAGGGCUAAUGACCUGGGAGCUAGACCGGCUGCUCUGGGCUCGGUCAGUGGAGAACCUGGCCACGGCCACCACCACCCUUACCUCCCUGGCCCAGCUUCUGGGCAAGAUCAGCAAUAUUGUCAUCAAGGACGAUGUGGCAUCUGAGGUGUACAGGGCUGUAGCUGCAGUCCAGAAGGCAGCGGAGGAGUUGGCCUCUGGGCACCUGGCAUCUGCCUUUGUUGCCAGCCAGGAAGCCGUGACAUCCUCUGAGCGUGCCUUUUUUGACCCAUCACUCCUCCACCUCCUCUAUUUUCCUGAUGACCAGAAGUUUGCCAUCUACAUCCCGCUUUUCCUGCCUAUGGCUGUGCCCAUCCUCCUGUCCCUGGUCAAGAUCUUCCUGGAGACCCGAAAGUCCUGGAAAAAGCCUGAGAAGGUAGAUUGAUCAGGGCAGCAUCUCAACAGGAAGCCUUCCUUUUCUGCCAGGGUGGGAGGUGUUAGAUUGAGAGGCACAUCCAUGGGGCCUGCUGGGAAUGACCAACUUGUCUCCAGUCUCCUCUGUCAGCUCUCCAGCAGCCAAAGUACAACACUUCAAGAUGGAUUCAUCUUUCUUUCCCUUCCCCUUCCCCUGGCUCAGGUCCUGCCCCCCCAACCCCCAGAAGCCUCAAAAGGCAUGUCCUCUGGGUCUCCAUGUUGGGCUUGAACUUGAGGGCCCCUGCCCAUCUACCUCUGGGGCAGGGGCAGCUUGUGCUUUUCCCCAUUUCUUAUCAUAGGACACUCUUGCACUGAGAGGGAGCAUUAGGGGAAAGCCCUAGGUUGGAUUGCAGCCUCCUCCCCUCCAUGCUUCUCUAUUUUUUUUUUUAAAUUUUAA